AUGGGCUGGGAGGAGAGGCAGAUCCGCGGGUACCCCGAGUUCGUGCGGACGGCGCAGAGCUACCACGGCCGGCCCAUCUUCGCGCUCUUCUGCGGCGAUAAGGACGCCGAGGGCAGGAGCUGGUGUCCCGACUGCGUGACGGCUGAGCCAAUUGUGAGGAAGGAACUUCAUAACCUGCCUGAUGAGUCAGUUUUCAUCUACUGUCUAGUUGGAGAUAGAGCCUACUGGAAGGAUCCCAACAAUGAAUUCAGGAGGAAUCUGAAACUAACAGGAGUGCCUACACUACUUAAAUAUGGCACACCUCAGAAGCUGGUUGAAGAAGAAUGUUUUAAAUCGGAGCUUGUGCGUAUGUUGUUUACUGAAGACUAAAGGCCUCACUAGUCAAUCACUGAUGAAGAUGGUAGUCUCAACUACUGCACUGUCCUUUCAAGGAAUCACUGACCUUUGUUAAAACUUUAAUGAUUAAUUACUUUGGACUACUUAAGAUAAAUGUCCUGAAAUUCUGGGUCCAAACCUUACACUAAAAUCUUACAAGAAAAACGGUAUCUUUCCUUUCAUGUCCAAAUAAAAUUGAGUUUGUGAACAA